CUGCCUGCGAUCUGUUUUUCUUACAACUAAAAAGUCACUGUUAGCAUGACAUCGGACAGGCUACUACUCGAUCCAGGAAAUGCAUUGUCUGCCAUGCCACUUCACUGCUAAUUUGGCAAAGGGUUUCAGGAGACUGUGUUUGAGGAAAAACAGCACUAGCAAUAGACCUGCUGCCCCUCUGGGUUCAAGAAUUUUAACAAACCCCAAUGACGUAUUUAAACAUAAUAUGUGGGACCAUGUGCAGUGGACAGAAGAGGACAAAGAAAAUGCUCGACUCAAAGCAGAAGAAAACUCAAGCAUAAGAGUUCCUUUGAAUGAACAAGUUAAAUUUGACAAAGACGCAGGACAAAUAUGGGAGAAGUUUUAUGAGACACACCACAAUAAGUUCUUUAAAAAUCGUAAGUGGCUGUUUGCAGAAUUUCCAGAACUGCUUCCACCAGCUCAGACCAGGACCUCACACCAUGAACAUACGGACAUACAGACUCCUUCUUUCCCUGGACAGCAUGCUGCGUUUAGGAUUCUAGAGGUUGGCUGUGGAGUUGGCAACAGUUUAUUUCCUAUUUUGAGUACAAUAAAAAAGACAGAUGCUUUUGUUUACUGUUGUGACUUCUCUUCAAAUGCCAUUGAGCUGAUGAAGGCUCACCCUGACUAUGAUGCCUCCAUGUGUCAUUCUUUUGUCCAUAAUAUUUGUGAUGAGGAGGUCCCCUUUCCCUUCCCACCUCAGAGUCUGGAUGUUAUUCUGGCCGUCUUUGUCCUCUCCUCCAUUCACCCAGAGCGAAUGGAAGGAGUGGUUAACAGACUGUCAGCAUACCUCAAACAUGGAGGAGUAUUUCUUUUCCGAGAUUAUGGAAGAUAUGAUUUCUCACAGCUCAGAUUUAAAAACGGUUGCUGUCUAGCAGAGAAUUUCUACACUCGAGGAGAUGGAACCUGUGUAUAUUAUUUUACCAAAGAAGAGGUUCAGAACUUAUUUGUCAACGCUGGACUUGAUGAAAUUCAGAAUUUGGAAGACAAACGUCUUCAAGUGAAUAGAGGAAAGAAAGUUGUAAUGCGGCGAGUGUGGGUGCAAAGUAAAUUCAAGAAAAGAUGAUUCGUACAUGUUUGUUUUUUAUUUUAUUAUAUUUACACAUAAUUAUGAAAACAUUAUUGGUUGGCCAUAGUACCAAGAGUUAUUUAUUUAUCUGUUUUUAAUGUGUCACUGAGAAUAAAGAAUACAACUUUUU